AUGCCGACAGCGUCCGCCCAGCUAGGCCUAGCUAGGCCUAGCUACGCUCGGAGUCACUGGCCCACGGGAGGAGGGGCGCACCGGAAGACCGGCGCGGCGACUGGCGUCAGAUGGGAAAGGAGGAAGAAGAGCGGCGCAUCUGCCGCGGUCCCGCAGUCACAGCGGUGGGGAAGCCUCACGGUGGGGAAGCCUCGUUUUCGCCUCACGGAGGAAGGCUUCCGAAAGAGGUUCAGUACGGAGGCCCCCCAGGACGAGGAGUCGCCAGCGCAGUUUUUCGCGCGGUUAGAAAACUACUGGGAGAGGUGGGUGCAACUCUCAGAGGCAAGCCGGUCAUACGAGGGAGUCGAGAACCUUAUCUUGGCGGAGCAAUUUCUCGAAAACUGCAAACCGGCGUUGGCGUUGUUCCUCAAGGAAAAGAAGAGCCGCGACGUCGAGGAUCUCCUCCAGAGAGCCGAAGAAUAUGUCAGCGCCCGAGAGACGAUCAAUUUUGGCAGACGGGAUGGAAAACAAGGGAGCCAAGGGGGAGACAUCACCGAGGGGAGUCGAGGCAGGCGACAACCCAACAGCGGAACGGCGCUCCGGUGUUAUUUGUGCUCACGACCGGGACAUUUGGCAUCACAAUGCACGAACGGUCACAGAAAUGCGAGCGGCCAGCCGCCCGCCGUGAAGAACGUCUCGGCCUGCGUUGAAGAUGGAUAUCUCGAACUGGAGGACGGGCAGCGCGUGCCCGUCGUGAACUUGGGCAUGGCGCACGUCACGGGUGACCUCCCUGUCGUCAAAUGCCGGGUCGCGGGGAAGAACGUAAAAGUCUUGAGGGACAGUGGCUGUAACAUCGUCAUUGUUAACCGAGACUUCGUUAAUGCAUCAGACAUGACAGGCAGGUGCAGGGCGGUUUACCUCGUAGACCGUUCAGUGAGGACAUUACCGGAGGCCCGAAUAUACAUCGAUACGCCCUACUACACAGGGGAGGUCUUGGCCGCAUGUAUGGAGAGCCCCUUGUUUGACCUCAUACUGGGGAAUAUCGAGGGCGCCCGGGCCCCCGCCGACCCAGACGGUGCAUGGAGUGAGGCCGAUGCGCGGGAAGACAUCGACGCGACACCGAGGCCACACAAGCGGCUGGAGCCACCAGGGAUACAAACCCCGUCCCAGCCGAUAGCCGCGGUGACAACACGCCGCCAAGCUCAGCAGCAGACCUUCCAGGCGGUCCAGAGUUUGCAGGUGCCGCCCACCCUGGCCGCAGUCACUCCCGAUCAGAUGAAGGAAGACCAGCGGCGGGAUGACACCCUGCAACAGCUCUUUCGGAUGCAGAGAGAGGGACGGAGCGGGAAAUGCAAGGGCGGAUCGUUCGCUAUCCGGCUCAGGGACGGGCUGCUGUAUAGGGAAUACACGUCGGAGUCGGGGCCGAAGACAGUGCAGCUGAUUGUCCCGAGACCGCAUCGCGACCAGGUCCUGCACCUCGCUCACUGCGGGCUGAUGGCAGGUCACCUGGGAAAAAGAAAGACCACGGACCGCAUACUAGCCGACUUUUUCUGGCCGGGUAUGCAUAAGGAUGUGGAAAACUUUGUUGCCUCUUGCGACAUUUGCCAGAAGACGACCAACCGCGGAUCGGCGAGGAAGGUACCCCUCGAAAGGAUGCCACUUGUCGACACGCCAUUUCGCAAGGUCGCCAUUGAUAUCCUGGGCCCUUUGAAAUCAACAACCCGAAGGGGUAACAAGUACAUCCUGACACUGGUCGACUACGCCACCAGCUUUCCGGAAGCGAUUGAGCCCAGUAUAGAAAGUGAGCGAGUGGCCGAGGCACUUCUGAAAUUUUUCUCCCGGGUAGGCGUACCGGAGGAGAUGCUGAGUGACCGUGGAUCAAACUUCACCUCUGAACUCAUGUCGGAGGUGGGACGCUUGCUUUCGUUGCGGCUUCAGACGACGACUCCAUACCACCCAAUGGCGAACGGCCUGGUGGAGAAGUUUAAUGGGACGUUGAAGAAGAUGCUACGGCUCAUGUGUACGGAACAGCCCAAGGAUUGGGACCGCUUCAUCGAGCCCCUGCUGUUCGCCUACAGAGAGGUCCCACAGGCCAGCACUGGGUUCUCCCCGUUCGAGUUGCUAUACGGGCGGAAUGUGCGGGGCCCCCUUCACAUACUCAGAGAGCUAUGGACUGGGUCGCGCCUGGAGGAGGAGGUGAAGACUGCCUACCAGUACGUUGUCGACCUAAGGGAGAGGCUUGAAACGACGUGUCAGAUGGCCCAUGAGGCCCUUGACCAAGCAGGAGAGCGCUACAAGCGCUACUAUGAUCGUGGAGCGAAGGCGAAGAUUUUGCAUCCGGGUGACCAAGCGCUCCUACUGCUGCCUACUGAGCACAACAAGCUCGCCAUGAAAUGGAAGGGACCGUACACAAUCAGAGAAAGGAAAGGCGAGGUCGACUACGUGGUGGAGAUAGGUGAUGGUGCGAAGACAUUCCAUGCGAACAUGUUGAAGAAGUACCACACCAGGGAAUCGGAGUCCGGGACGCCAGUCCCAACGGUCGCGGCAACAGCCAGUGGGCAAGGAGUGCCAAUGUGGCCAUGGGAAGAGCGAGGAGACUACCGCGACGUCGCCGCUUCCGACAAACUCAGUGCUCAGCGGGCGACUGAGUUAAAAGCAUUAAUCUCCCGACACAAAGAUGUAUUUUCGGAGCGACCAGGUGUCACCGACUGGGCUGUCUGUAAGUUAUCGACGACAACGGAAGAGCCGGUACAUGUACGACAGUACCCCCUUCCCUUUGCGGUAAGACAGGAAGUGGAGGCAGAGGUCGCUACGAUGCUUCAGAUGGGGGUGAUUGAGAGGUCUCACUCCCCAUACAACGCCCCGACCGUGUUGAUCAAGAAACCCGACGGCACGAACAGGUUUUGCGUGGACUUCCGACGGCUAAACGAGGUGCUGAUCGCAGACGCAGAACCGAUCCCGCGAGCGGACUGCCUGAUCGCGGAGGUGGGAAGCCGGAAGAUAUUCUCGAAGAUGGACCUCGCAAAGGGGUACUGGCAAGUGCCCCUAGACGAACAGUCCAAGGAAAAGCCGGCGUUUUCAACGUCGAACGGACUCUACCAGUUCAAGAACAUGCCGUUCGGCAUAAAGACUGCUCCGGCUGUGUUCGCAAAGCUCAUGCGGAGACUCCUCGGUGAUAUUGCCCACGUCUACCACUACUACGAUGACGUGCUCAUUGCGACGGAUAGCUGGGAGGACCACCUGUACGCCUUGGAGCGGGAGGCGGGAAUGACCGUUCACCCCAAGAAAUGCGAACUGGGCUUCGACCAGUUGUCUUUCCUGGGCCACAAAAUUGGGAGAGGAAGGCUGGGCCCCUUGGAAACCACCUUGUACAAGAUACGCGAGGCUACACCGCCAAGCACCAAGCGCCAAGUUCGGGCCUUCCUGGGACUGGCCGGCUACUACCGCGAGUUCAUCCCAAAUUAUGCGACGAUCGCCGCACCUCUGACGGACCUGACAAGGAAGCGGGCGCCGAAUCAUAUUCAGUGGGGAGCCCUCGAGCAGGAUGCAUUUGAUAAACUGCGGAGACUGCUCACUGAAGCACCGAUUCUGCAGAUCCCAGAUUUCUCUCAACCAUUCGUGCUACGCACCGACGCCUCCGAUCAGGGGCUCGGCGCCGUCCUAUUGCAGGAUAAGGGGGGAGUGCUUCACCCGGUUGCAUACGCGAGCCGGAAACUCCUACCGAGAGAGCAGGCCUACGCUGCCAUUGAAAAGGAAUGUCUCGCCAUUGUAUGGGCAGUUAAGCGAUUUAACUUCUACCUUUACGGUAAGCGAUUCACGGUCCAAACGGAUCAUCAACCCCUGAGAUACCUCAAAGAGGCCCGAUUCACGAACUCCCGGGUGCUCCGAUGGGCCCUACUCCUGCAGGAGUACGACUUUCGCGUCAUAAGUAUCAAGGGCACCGAGAAUGUUGGCGCGGACUACCUCAGCCGGGUGUAG